CCUACUUAGAAGCUUACGUAAUAAAGCCGUUCAAGUUUCUAUUACAAACCUAAAGAAAAUUUGUGAUGUGAUGUCAACGACCGUGUGCCCAAUACUCGUACAGAAAACGCAUUUCCCGGCGCACACGAGCGCAGCGUGCGAUUUAUUCGCGCGGCGGGCGCGGCGCGCGGCGUCUCGCUCGCGCCCAGCGCCGCCGGCUGGCGCGGGCGGGGGUUCGCAGUGGGACGAGGCGGCCGCGGCCGUUCACCCCGGAAGAUUCAGUGUUUUGAUACCGCUCAAGCCUCCGCCGAUGGAAAACUGCAUUUUCUUUGAUGCGCUUCGCUUUUCACGCUCUAAUUGAACGACAAUCGGAUAAUUUCGUUUUUUAAAUGAAUUGUUUGUCUCAUGGGUUUCUAUUAGACUCACAUUAGUCGUAAAAGAAAGUUUAUAAAUAAAAAAAAGUCAAUAAUGAAUAACAUGUUACGCUUAGUACAUGUGAUUCUUUUGCAUUAUUUAAUUUUAAGUGAAAUAUAAACACUAUCUCCACACUUUUUUCUUUUGCUACAAAAUGCUAGAUUCAAUAUUAAUUAUUAUUCAUUAAUUACCUCUACAUUAAUAUCUAAUAAAUAUAAUCUUUUAAGUCCCUAGAUAACCAUGAUAAAAAAAUUACCAUUUACAUGUAUGUCGUAAUCAGGUCGUCACUCUGUAAUUGUAACAAGUGCACUUAAACGUCACUACGCCUACGAGACUGAAUAACACUUUGGGGUAGAUCACGAAUGUUCGGAAAUUGCCAGACGUUAUCGUAGGUCGCGGAUGAAAAGGGCCCAUAUACCUCUAUAUCGUACAACUUAUAGCCAAGGAAGGGGAGCGACCAAACACGAAAAAGGGGGCGAUUCAGCUAAAUGAACAGAUUUGUAGCACUAAAAUUAGCCAAAUAAUUUAAUAAUUAAUCAAAUAAGAAUUUUGACCGCACCUGAAUUUAUCUACAGAUAGAGUAAAUAUCUGACAAUAAUAUCUACUAAAUGUUACAUAAUUAUGUUUUCAUCAAGUCAUAAAUAUAUCAUACGCACAAUAUCGUGUAUGUUACAGAAAAUCAUAAUUUAAAAACCAUAACAAAAUGUACAAUGAGUACAUCAGUACAACACUAUUCAUUCAAACUAAUUGAAAAAGCUGUGUUUGAGCGGCGACAGUCAACCGCCUGCUCUUUUGUAGCGAGCCUCGGCAGUUUGCAGCUGUUCAUAGAUUACAGGCCGUAAAUAGUGAAAUCAAUAUUGGAUAAUGGUAGGUGGUAGGGUGCGGAGUGGUGGUGUCGGUGGAGAGUGAGAUGCACCCUUACUACGAUCGUCACACUCGCAAAUUGUAAGGAAAAACACGCAAAUCUCAAAGAUAAUUCAUAACUUAAAUGAGCUCUUAUAAGUUUAUCGGUACUUAAACUAAAAAAGCUAUUUUAAUACGAGUGUGUUCGAGAAUCAAAGGUAAGGGUGCGUGUGCAGGCUGUGUCGACGACCCGUGAGAGUGAAAGCGUGUUCCGGGGAGGCGCGCAGGCCGCCGCCCGCCCUGCAUGGCUUUCGCUGCCGUUCUCACGACACCCGCGACCACGUUGUUUUCAACUUGUAUUAAUUAGCGCUCUAUGAGCUGUGAUUACAAAUUAUCGUAUCAAUACAUUUUAUUCUAAUGUUCAUUGUUCAUCAGUGCAUACAUAAAGUAAGCGUGUAAGUGACUUAUUUACUGUUAAGUGUCUCUAUUUGUAGUUAAUUCGAGUGUAAAUAUGAAGUCAUUUAUGACUUAUGAAAUAUUUUACGAUAGAAUAAUUUGAGAAUUUAUUCUUUUUUUGAAACCUCUUUACUAGAAUAAUUUCUUGGUCAGAUAGUAUAAGUUUUUCCCGCGACAACACUUUUGAAGAUCGUUGCUAGUGUUGGUGGGAUCGAGAGCACGGUCACGGCGCGCGCCGCGGUCGCCACACUACGGAAGUAAUGAACUUGAAUGCAGUCCGCGGUCGCAAUGCGCUGUGCCGUCCCGCUCUCCUCUAAUAAGAGAAUAGGAGGCGCGAACGUGACGUACUCACUGCAUUUGCUGUCAAAUUCGUCCGCAUUCUCCGUCACAGGCCGCUUUCGUCGUCGAUGCGUUUAUCGGAACGAGACGCGAAUAUGUGUGUCGAUUGCAUUCUCGGCGUCGUAAAAGUGCAUCUAGGUCGGUGGGCAUAGCGGCGCGGCUGUGUCGGGUUAGUGGUCGGCGCUCGCCGGCUAGACGUGAGGCAGGUCGGCAGCACGGCGGGCUCCGUGUUGCAUAAUGCGCACCGCGCUCCGCCGGCGAGCACGGCGACAGCACGCCACCGCUGAGUGCGGCUCGCGCGGGCCCGCACCGCGGACAUGAGAGCGGCUCGCCGGCUGCAGCCCCGGGUUCCUUUGCUGGCGCUGCGCAUCUUGCUCGAAUACCUCAAGUCGCUGCACCUCGCUCUAGCCUCCUAGGCACACCAUCAGCACACUAUUUAUGCACCAAAGACGAUAAUACUCUUUGUUUAUCCGCGGAAAUACUAACAUAAACGCGAAAAAUAUGAACAGUAUCUCAAGAAUUUCAUGAACGAUGAAUAUUUAUGAUUGUACGAGUUACUUCAAUACACAGAAAGUAAUUAUGACAAUAGUAAAUUAAAGGACCAAGACACAUCUAUCAAAAUGAGACUGUCAACCAGCGAAGAAGUUCCGAGCACAACAGUGGUGGGCCGCACGGGUAGUCCUGGAGGCCCAGAUGUAGUGAAUGGAGUGUCCAGCGCGGGCGCAUAUGAUGUAACACGCAUGCGUGAGGAGGAGUUUGAAAGGCUCACAGUGUACAUCGUGCCUGACGUGCCUUGUGAACGGGGCACGCCCAACCGCGCCGAGAGGACACUCCCGCGCAGUCUGGCCCUCAGACCAUCUGCAGUAUUAUCCACUCCCAACACACCGACUGAAGGUGUAUGGAGUAUAGGUGUAAUACCGCGUGGAACACGUUUCGGGCCCUUUGAAGGCACCCGAACACCGAACAAACCUAAUGACAAGGUCUCCUGGAGAUAUUAUUGGAGGGUACAGGAAACUGUGAGACAUCAUACUUAUGGAAAUAUUAAGAUAUUUAAGGACAGUGACUAUUAUUACCUGGACGGUUCCGACACCAGCGUAGCAAACUGGAUGCGAUAUGUCGCGUCUGCGUACUCUCUCUCCGUGAUGAACCUCGUGGCUUGUCAACAUCAGGAACACAUUUACUUUUACACAAUCAGAGACAUCAUGCCAAACGAAGAGCUCAUGGUGUGGUAUUGCAAAGAUUUUGCAACAAGGUUGGGGUAUGACAUCGAUCCUGAGAGGGCCACAUAUUCCAUCUGUAAAGAAGAAACUAUUAAAAAAGCUUAUGGCUUGCCACCAGCACCUGUGCAUCCUGAAAUAGCAUUCAAUCAUAUGAAAUAUGUUCUUGGAUUAACAAAUACCAAGGACUUGUUAGAAGCUGAAAUCCCGACUCGACGGCGAAAGCGUGAAGCUACUGACAAACCUUUUCAUGAAAAUCCUACGCCUAUACAUCGGGAAGAUCCGAGAUGUAUUAAUAAAAAUGACAGGGUGGUCCUGAGAGCAGACAUUUCCACCAAUAUUAUUCAUAACAAAAGCGAAAACUCAAUUGUUACAGAACAAAGAUCAUUAUCACCAACUAGCUUAAUGCCUUCGCCAUCACCAGUCAAAAUGCACAGGGAAAAUCCUACUCUAAUAAUACAUCAGCACAAGGAGAGUACAUCCCAAUUGGUUAUACAUCAACUUGAGAAUCCAAGAAUACAGAGUAACAGGUCUCCUGCCCAAUGCCAAACGUUGAGGGACAUGCGUGGGCCAUCGCCAAUGGCACAAAAUGCCCAAGAAAAGUUAGGAAGCAAAUCUCCUGUACUAACUCAUUGUGUAGGGCCACACUAUGAGCAUCAACUGACCCCCAAUGAUGGAUCUGUGCGAUCAGAUGAAGGAUAUCAUAGCAACGGCUAUCACGAUGAAUUCACUCCUCCUGAAGAUUCAAGUGAUUCCGAUGUAGAAAAUUAUGUUCUUGACUGUUCCAAUAAAACUAAUGAACCCAAAGAAACAGUAAUAGUCCAAAAAAUGGAUCAAGAUAUGCAUCGUAACGAAUAUAGAAAAGUUAAAAUAAAAAUGCCCAGAGCAUACCAGUACCAGAAUCACAAAGACAUGGACUGUGAAAGUGAAAAAGAAUUAGUAAUUGCUGAAGAAAUUCCUAAUACUCCACAAAAUUUGUCACCACCAAGACGUGACCCUGCCACAUCGACUGUUAUAGUACUAGAAUCGUCUCAAAAUACAGUGGUGCCACUAACCAAGCCAUACUAUGAAGACGGCGCUAUGUCACCAUCUCCGCAACCGGCGUUCAUGAGAUAUUCUCCACCUGAUACAAGAAUACUGGAAACAAUAUUGACUGGAAACAGGAUCGAUACAAAUAACAAUGAUCCUAAUCGCCGUCAACCAAAUGCGACACCGCCACCUUCAUCUCCUACUGAAAUGGCUUAUUCAUAUAAGAAAAGUCAAAGGUACGGCAAUGCCUGCAGUCCGGACUCUAGCUCGAAUUUGACUCCUCUGCCAUCCCUGUUGCCACUGCCACAGCAGCUGCCUACACCCAGCGCCGCUUCACUAUAUUCGUCGUCACCACCGCACACUAUCCCGCAUACUACCGAAAUCCGAGAAAUUAGAGAAAUAAGAGAAAUUCGUGAGACACGGUAUGAAAGUCACUAUCCUAACUACACCUACAACUUAUAUUCUCCUCCUAAUUCUACGAUAAUAACUCAACUAGGAUCACCACCCAGCAAUUACUCGCCGACAGUGACGUCAUCUCACCAGUACGAGAGGUCACAGAAUGUUCAAAGUAAUCACCACUAUCCAUCAUCGACCAGUGUGAUUACACUAAAAAAUUGUUCACAAUUAAGUCUAAUUCAAAACACAAAUGUGAACAGUCAAAUGGUUCCUCAACACGGCAGCGUCAGUCCUGACGGUUCAUGUGGGCUCAUGGGAGCACCAAUGAGUCCUGGCUCACAAUCUUCUCGAGGGUACAGAAGCCUACCUUAUCCACUUAAGAAAAAGGACGGGAAAAUGCACUACGAGUGCAACGUUUGCUGUAAGACGUUUGGACAACUUUCCAAUUUGAAGGUUCACUUGAGAACGCAUUCAGGCGAGCGACCGUUCAAAUGCAAUGUCUGUAGUAAAUCGUUUACACAACUCGCACAUCUACAGAAACAUCACCUAGUACAUACCGGAGAAAAGCCGCACCAGUGUGAUAUAUGCAAGAAACGAUUCUCCUCAACAUCGAAUUUAAAAACUCAUCUGCGUCUACAUUCAGGACAAAAACCAUACGCGUGCGAUUUGUGUAUGCAGAAAUUCACACAAUUCGUACACUUAAAACUUCACAAGCGGCUACAUACGAAUGACAGGCCAUACGUGUGCCAAGGCUGUGACAAGAAGUACAUCAGUGCUUCCGGGCUACGCACGCACUGGAAGACCACUAGUUGUAAGCCGAACAACAUCGAAGAAGUUUUAGCAAUAACUAAUGCAGCAAACACUGAAUGCAUUGGUAACGUCGACAAAGACUGCCACGAAAGAGAGGGGCACGAGGCAUACGAGGUGCACUCUCCAUCACAGGGCGGGCUGGUGGGAGCCGGUGGGGCGCGUGUGGCAAUGUCGCACGAGGUGGUGCUGGGAGGGCAGGCGCACCAGGCGCACACUACCACGCCGCACCUGGUGACGCACUCGCCGCUGUCGCCGCACGCCUACCGUGCGCUGCCCGAGCACGAGCCGCAGUACGCGCCGCAGCCGGCCGAGCCGCGCGCCAGCGUCAUCGAGUCCAGCCAGCCCCUCAUCAUCGAGUGCACCUGAGCCUUGUUGGCGCAGCACGCACUCGCCGGACGCGUGUUUCCCCGCCGCAUUAUGUGAUUCCAGUCUUGUGAUCUAACGAAAGUAUUUCGUAAAAACAUUCGGACGACUAGUUCGUCCCUUGCAGUGGCUAUGAGAUUACGAUAAUAAACUUUAAGUUGUACAUUUGUAAGAUUUAUAACUUGUAAAUGCGAUGCGAUAUUAUAAGUACUAAGUACUUGCGUAAUGUUAGGCCCUUCGGGAAGUGUAUCAUAUUAGGUUAAGGAUUUAAAUAUUACAUCCAAGAAUUCUGCAGCCUCUGUUUAUACUAAUGCUCAAUUUUAUAUAUAUUAGAAUUCUAUUGUAAAUAGGAUUUUGAGACAUCGACUUAUUUAAUUUUUUACACGAUAAAGAUGUAUGUACCUACUUCCACAAAUAAAUGCCUUCGUAACAGUGUUAUCGAGAUUGAUGACUAUCUCUAAUUAUUUGUUGUUCAAUUAUAAGUAGUAUUAAACAUCAGCAGUACACAAUAGUGCUACUAUAAUAAAUUUUCACCAAAGAAUAUCUGAACAGCAAUGAAGUGCCGAGUGAAUACAGUUUUGUGAAAUUAUUUGAAUCAGUCCGAAACACUUUAUAAAGCAACUGAUUAACGGUAAGUGCCAAAAGCACGUUUAUUUUUAAGUUAAAAUUAAAGAGAUGAGCGUAUAGUAUUUUUAAAUUGUUGUUCCUAAUGAAUAUUUGGAAAGUAAGCGCAUGAUAUGUGCAGCAACGUAAUUCUAAUGUUAUUUAGAUUAAAAUUGUCAAAUUGUGUACAUUAUCCCUACGCUAGAACAAAUGGUGCUUCACAUCGUAGAGUAGUGGUUGCUCACAUCGUACGCGCCGCACACGCAUGCGCGCGGCGAUGGACAUGUACUACAUUGUAAUGUUAAUUCACCGAGUCUACUAGUUACUAUUUUAUAUUCCCAAGUAAUUAUGAUUCUCCUAUUCGAAAAGGCUGAAAUAAUUAAAUGUAAUGUAAUGUUUGGCAAAUAUUAAACGUAAGUAAGAGUUGGUUUACAUUACGUGUAACUUGUGCGGUCGUGGCUUGUAAGCAAACUUUGUGUGUAAUAUUAAAUUCGCAGCUUAUACGUGAUGUAAAACCAAACGAUAGCGUUUUGUAUAUUUCUAUUGUUCGUACGAAUAAGAUUUUUACACGCAAUCCUUAGUAGAUUUAUUAACUGUAUAUUUUAUACUGUUUACAGGGCAAAAGAAUUUGUACUUAAGCCUGCUGACGUGUAUGGCUUAUAAUAAUUAUAUCGAGUUCACGAUCAUGUUAAAAUUUCGGCUGAUUUCGACGUUGACGUUACUCAUCGGAUUGUUUAAAGUUACAAUUCUUUUCUCGUGAAAACAAUUAUUUCUAUAUUAGUAAUAUUUAAGUCCAACACUUUUCUAACCACGUACAUAUUGCAUCAAUUAUUAAAACUGUAAUUAUUUCUAAUAGAUACUUAAAUUAAACUAUGUUUCUGAAUUAAAGUUAGAUCGUUAAAAGAAUUGUAUAAAUAAACUUUCUUUAUGGACGAUUAUAAUAUGUGUAUUAUAAUAUAUAGAUGUUUGUAUAUUAAUUGUAAUUACUAUUUUUGUUAAAUCUUGUGAUUCAAUGGAUCUGUGAAGUGUUUUCAUCUUCCCUAAUUUGAGCAUGGUACCUUUAGAGAUGUAAAAUUACAGGGUUUUUUGUGUGUUCCUAUCGAAGGUCACAUACUUUAUUAGUAAACGACUUAACUAAUUACUUACACGGGAAUCGCUUAUAUUAAAAACUUUGUUGUGAAUUACGACUUUAUCUACUUAUAUUUUUUUACAAAAUAGUUUUCAAACGUCGAAAUCAUCUAUGUAUCGUUUGUAUUCAUCUCAAAAUUUUAACACAAGUAGGAAUAUGUGUACUUUAACAUAUUAUUGCCAAUAAAGUAUUGUUGAGUGACUUACACAGCUGGUUGGCUCCGUUAUUACGUAAC